CGUUUGCAGGCCUUGUCAGCUCAUUAGCUCGCUAUCAGCACCAAAUUAAUGCCAAGGACAUCGACGCUGACCGGCAGUACCAACCCCGCCCUUCCGAGAACUGCAAGCUGCAAUUCUGCACUAUGUGCGUCUGAGCAAUAACAGGCCGCUUAUAGAUAUUAGCCCUCGCGUAUCAGGAGCAUUGGUAUCCAUGAUGCAGCUCAAGGAGCUCCGCGCGGACGGUCUCGCGUGGCGGCGGGCGGGCGUGCACGUUGCAAGCCCCAGAGCGGGUCUUGCUCUGUCGACUCCCGUUGCCCCGGUCGUGGCACCCCGCGCCCCCGGCACCUGCAUCGCUUCGGCUUCAAGUCGUGACGCAGAGACGGAUCACAGCUACGGUGGGCGCAGCGCUGACGGUCCCAGGGACCGCCGUGACUUCGAUGACCGGGGCGCCGGCCGCGGCUGGGGCCGUGGCCGCGGUGAGGGUCGUGGCGGCGGCCGCUUUGGGGGCGGUCGCGGUGGAGGUCGUGAGAGUGGCAGGUUUCAGGACUCCGAGCGCCGGCAAGCUGGGUCUGACGGCGGUGGUUAUGCCGAGCGUGGUGCGGGCGGCGGCGAUGGUUGGCGCGAGGGGCGCGGCAGCUUUGGCGGCGGCCGCGGCGGAGGCCGCGGCGGCGGCCGAGGCGGAGGCCGAGGCGGAGGCCGCGCCCCCGUUGACAGGAGCAAUGCCAAUGCUGAUGACCCCGGCACCGCAACCGGCAUGCACGACCUUGCGGACAUGGCUGAGCGCUCCGCCGCCGCCUGGGCGGACGAGCGCAACUGGGCCAGGCUGCGGGCCGCGUUCAGCCGUGUGGCCAAGCACUGCGGCGAUGGACUGGACCACAGCUCGGACGCGGUGCUGGCAGCCGACACGCGGCGCGCCAUGGCGGCGCUGUCCGCAGCCUACACCCCUCAGGUGGCCCGCAUGCGCUUCCCAGUGGACCUCAUCAUCCCGCUCUACGCGCUGGCCAAGGCGGGCUACUGGGAAUGGGAGGCGGGCGUCGCCGGCGCCGAUGACGAUGACGACGACGUCGACCUGGACCUUAGCCAUGACCUAGAGAUUCCCGAGGAUGCGCAGGACGACGAGCAGGAGCAGCGGGAGGGUGGUGGCGGCCGCGGCCGCGGCGCGCAAGGCGCAGCCGGGAGGUCCCGUGUGCGCGGACUGGCAGCAGAGAUUCUGAUGCGGCUGGCAUCUGGUAAGCGGAAGUUGUUGGAGCCGGCCAACGGCCAAGACCACUCCAAUUUGUUCUGGAGCCUGUCGGUGGCGCCAGCGGGGCUGCGCGAGGCAAUGGUGGAUGAGGUCACGGCGGCGUUGGAGGCCAGCGGUGGCCUGAUGCUGCAGCUGCAGGCCAGUGACCUGGGCCCCCAGGCCUGCAGCAACGUGCUCAGCUCCUGCGCGCGCCUGGGCCACGCGCCGCGCGAGCUGCUGCACCACCUCACCGGGGCCAUGGCGGAGCCGGGCGUGGCCCGCAGCGCGCGCUGCCUGCACCUGGCCUCCAGCCUGAUGGCGCUGGGGCGGCUGCGCAGCGAGUCGGGCCACAAGCCGCGGGCGGAGCACCUGCGGCAGCUGCUGGGCGAGGUGGCGGCGCGGCUGCCGGCGGCGCCCGGCGAGGCGGCGGCUGGGCGUGGCGGAGGGAGCGGAGCGGAUGCGUUCAAGCCUCUGGAGGUGGCGAACCUGCUGUGGGCCUGCUCCAAGCUCGGCUACACAGAGCCCGUGGCGCUGCGGCGGCUGGCAGCGGCGGCAGUGGCGGCGGGGCCGCGCAUGAACGCACAGGACUUCUCCAACACGCUUCACGCCAUGUCAGUGCUCGCCAACCCAGGCCGCGCCGCCGGCGCCCACACCGGCGGCCCGACCGAGCCUGUCAUGGCGGCGGCAGAUGUGGACUUUGCGCCGGCAGUGCGGCGGCUGGCGGCGGAUUGCCAGAAGCGCAUGUCCGCGGCGGGCGGCGGCUUCACGCCUCAGGACGUGGCCAGCACGGCGCUUGCGCUGGCGCGGCUGGGCUUCAAAGACGAGGCCUGGUACUCUGCGGCCGUGUCAUCCGCGCUGCAGCCCGGGUUCCGCGGGGCUGCCAAACCCAGUGACUCGGCAAACCUGCUCACAGCGCUGGCGCUAGCAGGCUACAAGUCGGCGCCGCCGGGCCUCAUGCGCGGCAUGGUGGUUGGCCGCGUGGGCAUCACCACAUGCGCCAACUGGAUUUGGUCGUUGGCGGUUCUAGAUCUGUACGAUGAGCGGCUAACCGACGCUCUGGAGGCUCGGCUGCUGGAGCUGCUGCAGCGCGCCAGCCGGGAGCAGUUGACGGGCGAGGAGCUGGCGGGCGCCAUGUGGGCGGUUGCCACGCUGGAUGGCGGGCGCGCCGUGAAGCGGUACCGCGACCUCUCAGCGGCGCUGCUGUACGAGGUGGCACGUCGGUGGGCCGAGGCGAACGAGGCGAAGGAGGCGGCGGCCGCGGAGCACGCGGAAGACGGCGCGGAGGGUGCGGCGAGCGUGGUGGGCGGCGCAGCGGAGGGUCCGUUCUCGAGGGAUGCGCUGCUGCGCCUGUGGCAGGCGAAGCAGGUGCUGGAGUGCGCUGGCGAGGCCGGCCAUGACCUGCUGCGCAUCCUCCAGUCAUCCAAGGCAGGCACUGGUCCGUCACUCCUGGCCGCGGUGCGCCGGGCGGCACGUGACGCGGGCGUGGCGGAGGCGGGGGCUGCUGGGGAGGAGGAGGCAGCUGUGGCGCCUGCGCCACGCAAGGCCGUGCGCAGACGGCUGGUGGUGCGCGGGGCGGCGGAGGACGGCGGCCGGGAGGCUGAGGAUGAGGAGGGGGACAGGGAGGGUGAGGGCGCAUCGGCAGGACGCACGCUGCGACCCCGGGGGCGGGUCGUGCGGCGGGCGCGUGGUGAUGUUGUGGAGCAGUAGCGGGUUCUUCGUGGUACGCAGGGCUGAAUCCUGGACGCGUUCGGCAUGGUGGGGAGCCUCUACCGUAACUCCGGCGAGGUUGUGAAGGGUGGUAAUGAACAGUGACCUCAGCAAUGCGGAUGUCGGUGCUGUAAAGGUGUGUACAA